GGUCUAUUCACCAGACUGCCGGGGCUUCUGGAACCUCUAAGAAAGCCCAUCAUGCAAGAUUCCGAUCUACUUCGGGGGGCUUGGCAAGGAUUUGCCAUUCUUUUUCCUUGCUUAAAGACCGUGUUCCUGUCGCAACCCUGUCUGCUUGUCUUUCUUGGCUGUUUGCUUGUUUCUCUUUGUUUCAGUCACCAUUUGACGAUUGGAUUCAGCACUCACAAUGGCGGGAUUCCUAAUACCGGAUCAUUACGUAUUCGUGAAGCCUAGCACUACCGAUCAAUUGGUCGCCAGUAUCAUCUGGGGCUUUACUCUCGCUGUUGGAAUCUUCGCGGGCCAGAAGGCGGGAAGGCAGACAUGGGAUCAAUGGAAGCGCACAGGACGGGCUAAGGCCUACGUCUGGAUGAUUUGGGCCGAAUGGUUGGCGUCGAUGUUGAUUGGAGUCUUAUCGUGGUGUUUUAUUCGUGGUUACAUUGCUCCCAGCUUCUGGAUCUACUUUGUUCUCCUGUGCGCCUGGGUUGUCCAAAUUCAAUGCAUUUGCGGAAUCAUCAUCAACCGAAUUUCUCUUCUUAUGGUCGACAGACGAAACGCCAUCAAGAUUCGAUGGAUAACUGCCGUUAUCCUUGGCCUCAUCAACAUCAGUGUCUUUUGCAUUUGGAUUCCUUCUCAGCUGCAAAUCUCCCAGCGUUACCAUGAUAUCAACUACAUCUGGGAUCGCAUUGAGAAGGGUCUCUUCCUGGUCAUCGACGCAACACUUCACGGCUACUUCGUCUACCUUAUUCGUAUCAAGCUUAUCGCCAAUGGCCUUACCAAGUACAAGCCUCUGAUGCGAUACAAUCUUAUCAUGAUUGUUAUAUCCAUGAGUUUGGACGUCAUUCUCAUUGGUAGCAUGUCCAUCGGCAACGGUUUCAUUUACGUGCAAUUCCACCCUCUUGUCUACAUGCUCAAGCUUCACAUUGAGAUGAACAUUUCCGCACUCAUCGUGCGAGUUGUUCGUGCGACCGGAGAGCACAGCUCAUACCCCGACGGUACCGAUCUGCGCUCCAAAGUCAGAGCCGCCGUCACGAACAAAAAGUCGGGUAACUCCAAUCGCACAGGUGGCACAGGAAAGGGCGCCAUGUUUUCGUCUACGGGGAGAAACUUGGAAGUGCGCAUUGACGCAGGCGGCCAGAUAACCGACAGCGAAAACAGACCCCAGCCAGCGGGCAUCACAAAGGUCACACAGACGCAUGUAACAGUCAUGCCUAAGCACGACGAGGAUGAUGCCAGCUCACAGUCCUCAACGCGGCACCUUAAGGAUCCUUACUCGUAUCCCUGAUUCACUAGGGCUGACGGGGGGUUAAAAGAUGGAGACGGCAUUUCGGUGACAUUCUCUGCCUGCCAAGCAUAGCGAACUACGCCACAAAACGUGGCAUGGAGAUUAUAGAAAUUGGAAGGCCUAGAGUUAUAGAAACGAUCACUAGCAUAACGUACUUAAUUAAUAAUGGAUAUCUCGACCUUAAAGCGCGA